AUGGUCGCCGAGGAACAGCCUCCCACGCACAAGAAGACGCGCAUUAUUUCUGUUGUUGCUGCGACCGCAAUCGCGCUUGCUUGUGGUACAAACUAUGCCUACUCAGCAUGGGCACCGCAGUUCGCCGAUAAGCUUCAGCUCUCCGCAACCCAGAGCAAUGUCGUCGGUACGGCUGCCAACUUGGGAAUGUAUGCGUCUGGCAUACCCAUGGGAAUCAUAACGGAUAGGAAGAGUCCACGACUUGCCGCCAUCAUCGGCAUGUUCGCGCUGUUCGCGGGCUACUAUCCCAUCAAGCUUGCAUAUGAUGGAGGCCCGGGCUACAUGAGCGUUGCGCUGAUAUCCUUUUGUUCCUUUUUGAGUGGCGUAGGCAGCUGUGCUGCUUUCCAGGCCGCUCUGAAGACAGCGACACUCAACUGGCCAACUCAUCGCGGAUCGGCCACCGCCUGCCCACUGGCUGCUUUUGGAUUGAGCGCCUUCUUCUACACACUUAUCGCUGGCGUAGCAUUUCCAGGCGAUACUUCUGGACUGCUCAUGAUGCUUUCUCUUGCGACAUCACUAGUCGUUUUAGUAUCAAUACCCUUCCUUAUCGUCGUCGACCACAAAACCGGCACCGGCUAUGCUGUCCUACCCACCAGCGAACGUGUGCGACGCAACUCUAACGUCCUCCACAAGACAAAGUCCAACGGUACCAAAUACAAAUCAUCAGCUCUCCCGCAACAAGAAACCACAUCCGAAGAAGAACAGGACCGUCCCUCGACCGAAACCUCAUCACUUCUAUCAUCUGGCCCAGGCGACAUCAUCGACGAUGACGACGACGCAAAAAGCAAGAAAUCGACUCACUCAUGUACAGAUAUCACUGGGCUGGCACUCUUGAACAAGUCAGAAUUCUGGCAAUUGUGGGUACUCAUGGGUCUUCUGACGGGUGUUGGUUUGAUGACGAUUAACAAUAUCGGUCACGAUGUCCAGGCCCUUUGGAAACACUGGGACGACUCAGUUAAGAACGACUUCAUCGCUCACCGACAAUUAUGGCAUGUCUCCAUGAUCUCACUCUGUUCCUUCCUGGGACGUUUGUCUUCCGGCAUUGGUUCCGAUCUCAUCGUCAAGAGACUGCAUCACUCACGAUUUUGGUGUGCUGCCAUUUCAGCCACCAUCUUUGCCUUGGCACAAGUUGCUGCCAUUCGCGUUGAGGACCCCCAUCAUCUAUGGGCUGUAUCUGGGCUCUCUGGACUUGCAUAUGGUGUUUUGUUUGGCGUUUUCCCAGCGCUUGUUGUCGAUGCUUUUGGAUCCGAUGGCUUUGCCGUCAAUUGGGGUUUCAUGACUUUGGCACCCGUUGUGAGCGGCAACGUCUACAACCUCUUCUACGGUGCCGUUUACGACUCCAACUCGGUAGUCGAACCAGAUGGUCAACGCGGAUGUGAGCUGGGACUCAAGUGUUACCGGACGGCAUACUACGUUACUCUUACCUCGAGCAUAUUGGGCAUUUUCGCUUGUUUCUGGGGCAUAUAUGGCGAGCAUGUACGGAAGAGGCGGGAGUUGGAAGAACAUGAUGGACAUAGAGAUGCUUGA